AGUUACGCCUGAACAUUGUGGCACAUUGUGGCAAAAAAAAAAAACGAAGAAAAAAGAUUACAACAGGCAAGUUUGAAAAGAAGAGAACUCCGCUUAGAUAUUUGCGCACAGGUUCCACAGGGUAUAAAGGCAUGCAUAGGUUGAGGUAAGUAGUGUGACACUUCGAGGCACCUGGCAAGCAGUGAGAGGACCAAUCAAUCUCAACUCUUCCCCGCUCACCGAAUGACUACCCCUGCAACAGGUUAGAAGAUAAUCAAAAUAACAAUAAUUGACGAAGUUAACUGCAACAGUAAUGCCAUCCAACAAGUUUUCUUCAGCCAUCAUGGUUGAGAGUGACAAGAUGACGGCAACAGCUGAGGUGAAUGGGGACAUUCCUGCAGCCGAGGGACCAUCAGAGAACGACAGAGGCGCAGAGAUGACCAAUGAGAACAGCCCGCUGACUGCUGCUGAGCCGCCCUCCCCCUUCAGCCCCAAGCAGAACGGAGACGCUGCCUCACCUGCAGACUCAGAUGUUAACCAGUUGUCUGGGAGCAGGAAGAGAACCAGGAAGAGGUCCUCUGAGGAGGAGGAGUGCAGCUGGGACUCCUCCUAUAGUGAGCACAAGGCCAAGGUAGUAGGAGUGGGGGGCUCGGAGUCUGGCUCGGGUCUGAGACAGAGACCCUCUCCCAGGACCAUCUUCCAGGCCGGUCUGCUGGCCCCUCACAGCAAACCACGCAGCCGCGAGCAGAGAAGGGGAGGACGCCAGAACAAGCUGGAGCACCACAGCAGUCCUCUGAGCCUGGCCUGCAGUGUUGGCCCCGGGCCCCUGGUGUCCGUGGUCCCUGAGAGCCCCUCCCUGGAGCUCCUGGAGCAGGACUCUAAGGAUUCGGCCCAGAGCACCUCCACCUCCCUGGCCUCCAACACCACAGAGCCUGCCUGCCAGCCAGAGUACAAGGACAACAAGGGUUUUGGCAUUGGGGAGCUGGUGUGGGGGAAGAUCAAGGGUUUCUCCUGGUGGCCAGGCAUCGUGGUCACCUGGCGCGCCACGGGCAAACGACAAGCCACUCAUGGCAUGAGGUGGCUGCAGUGGUUCGGUGAUGGCAAGUUCUCUGAGGUUUCAGCUGACAAACUGGACUCCAUCACUGCUUUCCCCAAGUUCUUCAACCAAGCCUCCUACGCCAAGCUGGCAUCCUACCGCAGGGCCAUCUUCCAGGCACUGGAGAUGGCCAGUCUGCGUGCUGAGAAGCCAUUCCCUCCGUGUGAGUCAGAGGGGCCAGAGGACCAGGUCAAGCCCAUGCUGGACUGGGCCAAAGGGGGCUUCCUGCCUAAGGGCCAGGAGGGCCUCAAACCCACAGAGAACCCUGACAGCAACCCGUUAAACCACAAAGUGUUGGACGUCAGUCUGCUAGAGUAUUUCCCCACAGCCAAGAGGCCCCGCAUCAGCCUUUGUAAGGCCAAGAGCAGCCCCGAGGAGGUCUACAGUAGAGAACAAAUGGUGCAUGAAGUUUUGAAGAAUAACAGAAGUAUAGAAGAGUUUUGCCUCUCAUGUGGGAAAACACGAGCGGCAACCUUCCACCCACUUUUUGAAGGAGGCCUUUGCCAAGCAUGCAAGGAUGUGUAUCUUGAGAUCUCCUACAUGUAUGAUGACGAUGGCUACCAAUCGUACUGUACCGUGUGCUGCGGGGGCCGCGAGGUGCUACUGUGUGGGAACGCCAACUGCUGCAGGUGUUUCUGUGUAGAAUGCCUGGACAUUCUGGUAGGCGCGGGGGCGUCGAACAGUGCCCGUAACCUGGACCCGUGGCGCUGCUACAUGUGCCAGCCCCUGCAGCCCUACGGUGUGCUCAAACAACGCCACGAUUGGAGCAUGAAGCUGCAGGAGUUCUUUAUCAACGACAACGGCCAGGAGUUUGAAAGCCCAAAGAUCUACCGGGCUGUCCCUGCAGAUCAGAGGCACCCCAUCCGCGUGCUCUCAUUGUUUGAUGGCAUCGCCACUGGCUACUUAGUGCUACGAGACCUAGGAUUCAAAGUGGACCAUUAUAUUGCAUCAGAGGUGUGUGAGGAUUCCAUAUCGGUGGGGGUCGUCCGACAUGAAGGAAGAAUCCAGUACGUGCACGACGUGCGCAACAUCACCAGAAAAAAUAUAGAAGAGUGGGGCCCAUGCCUGGUGAUCGGAGGAAGCCCCUGUAACGACCUAUCUAUCGUCAACCCCGCCAGGAAGGGACUGUACGAGGGCACAGGGAGGUUGUUCUUUGAGUUCUACCGCCUGCUGAGUGAGGCCAAGCCCAAGGAGGGCGAGGACCGCCCAUUCUUCUGGAUGUUCGAGAACGUGGUCGCCAUGGGCGUCAACGACAAGAGGGACAUCUCUCGUUUCCUCGAGUGCAAUCCAGUGAUGAUCGAUGCCAUUGAGGUGUCUGCGGCUCACAGGGCUAGGUACUUCUGGGGCAACCUACCAGGGAUGAACAGGCCUCGGUGUGCAUCUGGGAUGGACAAGCUAGAGCUACAGGACUGUCUGGAUCAUGGCCGUGUGGCUAAGUUUGGAAAGGUGCGCACCAUCACCACGCGCGCCAACUCCAUCAAGCAGGGCAAAGACCAGCACUUUCCCGUCAUGAUGAAUGGCAAAGAGGACAUCCUGUGGUGCACUGAGCUGGAGAGGAUCUUUGGCUUCCCGGUCCACUACACAGAUGUGUCCAACAUGGGCCGCGGUGCCAGGCAGAAGCUUCUGGGCAGGUCCUGGAGCGUACCUGUCAUCAGACACCUGUUUGCCCCUCUGAAGGACUACUUUGCAUGUGAAUAG